AUGGCUAUCACAACCCUAAACAUCAUAAGAACUUCCAUCUUCACUCUCCUCAAGAACUUCCAAUUCUUUUCGUCGUCGCCGUCGCUCGUUGCCGUCCCGUUCGCCCUCGCCGCCCUCCUCGCCCCGUCCCUCGCCCCAUCAUCGCGCCUUUUCUCAUUAAUCCACGCCCACGUGACUUCACUCACGCUCUCCGCAGGUGUUUCACGAUAUUCAUCACAAUUAUCUGUCGCUCUCGAUUAUAAACUCACUCAAAUAAUUCUCUCAUCCCUCCUCGUCUCGCCUUUCGCGCUAUCAUUUCUCGUCGUCUCGAAAUCCAUCGUUAUACGAGCCCUCCAAUUUUCUCGGCCGUCGAGAAAAAACUCACCCAUUUCUUGGAUUGUCGAGCUCAAACCACUCUUGAUCACUCACCUAUGUAACUCAUUGCUCGUUGUAUCGAUCCACGCCGUGUUUUUUUACUUCUCCGUCGCGUCCUUCGAGUUUUUUAGGAUUUUAGGGUUUUCGUCAAUUGGGGCUCGUGUGUUUCUCGGGUUGGGUUUGGCCGUUGCUUAUGUUGUCGUUAUCGCAAAUUUGCACGUCGUUUGUGGAAUAUCUUUAGUGAUAUCUGCGACGGAGAGGCGCGGCGGGUUUGGCGGGAUCGUCGAGGCUUUUGUGUUGACGCGUCAAUGGAUGGCUACCGCAUUGUCGUUGUCGGUGGCUACUAACACGGCGUUGGUUGCGAUCGAAGCUUUGUUUGAGUACCGUGUUGUGAGAGGAUAUCAACAUGGAACCGGUCCCGAUCCGUGGAUGAACUUGGAGGCGAUUCUCGUCGCUUAUUUGUACGCCGUGCUCGUUGUUCUCGACACCGUCGUUGGCUAUGUGUUCUUGAAACGAUGCAAAGAAGAGUAUAACAAUCGUCAUGAUGAUCUGUGCUCGUGUUCGUGCUCGUGCUCGUUUUCAUAUUCUUUUUUGAUUGAAAUAUACGAAGGAAAUGAAAAGUGUUUAGAAUUAAAGGGUUUAGAGUUGAUGUUAUAA